UGCAUCAAGGAACAAGCAGUCUGCUUCUGCCUCGAAGUUGUUGAUAUUUUCGUUCUUCAUAUCAUUUGAGGUUUUAAAAAAAAUUUCAGUGCUGAAUAAAGCAACGGAUAUUGGUCUAUGAAUUAGUUUUUGUAUGGUUCGUUUGCUGGAUAACAACGAAAAAUUCUUAAGUCUUAAGUUAAUUGACAACUAACCGACCUAACAAUGCAAGAGCUCAGACCAGAGCUCACUACUGUGAGAGAUUUAAAACCUUCAAUGAAAAAUCUAAAUAUGAUUUUUAUUGUUCUUGAAAUUGGAAGACCAAAUGUGACAAAAGACGGACAUGAAGUGAGAUCUUGUAAAGUGGCAGACAAAACUGGUUCUAUAAAUCUUUCUGUUUGGGAUGAACCUGGCCUUUUAUUACAACCUGGAGACAUUUUAAGAAUAUCUAAAGCUUACGUGUCUGUCUGGAAGAACUCACUGACACUUUAUAUGGGAAAAGGUGGAGAUAUUCAGAAAAUUGGUGAAUUUUGUAUGGUAUUUUCUGAAAUUCCAUUCAUGAGUGAACCAAACCCAGAUAUGGCUACACAGUUGGUUGGAGGGACAAGUGGUCCUGGAAAUCAACCUGCCAACCCUCAAGCUGUGAAUGCAACAAUUCCUGGAGUCGGACCUCGUCCACCAGGUAAUGGAAGACAACAAAAUUUAAACGGUGGAGCAUGGCCAUCACCUGCUCCGGCUUCAGGGACGAUGGGCGGUAAUGGAACGAUUCCAGCUCCUUUUCCAAGAGGACCCGUUCCGCCUUCCAAAGGUGGAGGCAAAAGGGAUCCAAGAAAAAGAUAAUGUAUAUUCAGGCCGAUUCUCACACAAUACUAUAAUAAAAUUUUGUUUUUGGAGUAA